AUGCCGCCUGCAGUUGGGGAAGACGAAAAUCGCAGACCGGAAUGCACACGGACGACCAAUGGAAUCACAGCUCGAAGCUUAGUUUUCGCUCGAGACGUCUUGUCUCGAAAUUAUAAUCAGAGCAGAUUUCUCUCGUGUCGCUACAGUAUUGACCCGGCCUUUCCAUCCGUACAAGGAAAGGAAACUUAUGGGCCAAUGAUGUGCCCUGUCGCUGCAGGACUUUAUGCAAACCCCGCCUUAUAA